AUGAAGUUCAGCAUCCUUGCUCUCUCAGCCUUAUUGGCUUUCGCCGCUGCCGCAGACACUACCACCGUGAGCCCUUCGACCAUUACUACUACUCCUGAGAUUGAGUGCGCAAAGAGCUGCAAAGCUACGGAUAUCUGCUGCACAGCCAAGUGCUACCAUGUGCCCUGUCCCAACGAUGACCAGGUAAAUGACACCUACAACUGUGUCUCUGCCUGUCCCCAGGGCACUGGCUCUCCAGCCGACAUCCAGAAGUAUACCGAGUGUGAGCAGUCCUGCUACAACUCGCACUUCUGGGGUGGCAAUGGCAGUGGUGCAACUGCUACCCACUCUUCCACCACCUCCACUGGUACCGGCAACACUGCCACACAGACUAGCUCCGACUCGUCGAGCACUGAUUCCAAAUCUUCGAGCAACAAUGACAGCAAUGAUAACAACGACAACGAUGACUCUUCCUCCUCGGGCACUGCUACCAGCUCCUCUGGAUUCUCGCAGCAGACCGCCAACGCUGCUGCUAAUGUCCAGCUCGGUGCCUCCGCUGCUGGCCUCUUUGGCCUGGUUGUUGCUGCCUUUGCUCUGUGA